CCGGCGCUCGGCGCGGUUGCCAUGGGGUGGGCCCCGGGGCGCUGCCGCCAUGGACGAGGAGGAGGCCACGAGAGAUUUCAAUGAACGCUGUGCCCAGUGUUCAGAAGUGAACUGGGGUCUCGCUGAUGGCAGAUUUUAUUGCAGAUCUUGUCACAAUGUUACUGAGAGAACUAGAGAAGUUGUAAAUGCUGAUUUUGUUUCUAAUACAAGAGUCCAAACAAUAUCCAAAGGUUUAAGAAAGCAGGAAAAAAAUGAUGGAGGCUGUGAAUGGUAUGUUUGUGAAGGCUUUCAGCUUAUACUCAAGAAACAAGCUGAAGCUCUAGAAGCAUUAGGAGUGUGUCCACAAAUGAAGGAUGAAAUUCUGUACAAUUUUUGGAGGCAUUACCUUCAGAAGAGCAAACAGGCCUAUUGCAGUAGACCAGCUGGGGAAACUAUCAAAGCAUUAUCAGUUUGUGAUAGCAGUACUGAUGUUGACAGUGACCCACAGAGACCCAGCCUUCUUCACUUGUUGUCUCUCUCUGAAAGUGAGGGGGAUUUACAGACUGAUUGCAGCUUUGCCUCAUCAACUAGCAAGGUCUCAGAAAGCACCUCUGUGUGCUCUGGAUCCGUAGAUGGUAGCUUGUAUUUAAUGAAGAACCAAAAGGAGAAACUGAGGAUGACGAUGCCAAUGACUCUUUCAUUUUGUUACAUGGCGUUACUCUGGUUGAGAGAACCAAUGACAUUAUCUGAUCUCUUAAGGUUUGUUGUUGAAGGUCAUAUUCCAUAUCUGAAUGUUUUUGAGCAUUUUCCGGAGAAGAUGAAGUUAUGUGGACUUGAUCUUAAGAUCUUUUGUGUAGAGUCAUGGCCUGGAUAUGAAGAAGUCCACAACAAAAUGCUUGAGCUUGCAGCGUUUUUAGACCUGCCUCGUUUUCCAGAUAUAACAGACAGCUGCUUUCUUCAUCCAGACAUGUUGUGCAUGAAGUACUUGAUGGAAGCUAAUUUACCUGAUGAAUUGCAUAAUUGGACUCGUCGAGUGGUGAAAAAGACCUCUAUUGGAGAAGCAGAUAUUCUGACUCUUGUGCCUGGAAAUAAGUCAACAAGAAAAGUGAAAUAUGAUGUUCUUGCUGUAGCAGUUAUUGUAGUAGUGCUCAAAUUACUGUUUUUGUUAGAUGAUCACUAUGAAUGGUUGCUGUCAGACUUUGCCAAGGAACAAAAUAAAAGUAACAAAGAAGGUCCAUAUUUUGAGUUCAAAAAGUGGUACAAGGUUAUAAAAUGUUCCUUGGAUGUGGAGCAAAAGAAAUUGGAUGAAGAAAGAGCCAAGUAUCUGUGGAGGUGUGAAAAGCCACUGUUUUAUUCAGCCAAGAAUAAAGCUAGAGUUCUCAAGAGAAGACAAAUCGUUGUGAACUUACAAAAUCAGUUUGGCAAGCUGUCUGGUUCAGUGCAACCUGCUGAAAAGCCACGUCCUUCAAGUUUUCAGUUAACCUGGUCUGAAGAAAACACAGAUGGGAGUUGUUUUCAUGGGCAUAGCCUGAAGGGAAUUUUGCAAGAAAAGUGUGGUUUACUUACAGCUAUGAAUCCUGACUAUUGGCUGUGCACAGUUAAACUAUGUACAGAGAAAUUGUGCGGUCAUCUGGCUCAUUACAGAGACGUGGACUUUCCCCAGAGUUACCAUUUUGUACUUAGGUUAUUCUCCUUUCUUCUGAGGAUACAGCCCUCUUAUAUCCAUGACGAGGUGUGUGUGAUAGAACACAAACUUUUUAAUAAAAAACUCUGUAAAAAGCCAAAGUACAACGCAGUCCUAAGGAAGUAAAAAGCCCUGAAAAUAAUUGAUUUGAUCCCACACCAUGGUAUUACAUCUAAACUUACACUGAUCCUUUUGCCUGCAUGGAAGUUUUCUGUUAAGAUGGUAGUGCUGAGAUCUACUACUGUACUUUAGUUGUAGUGUCAUUUUAUCUAUAAUUUAAGCCACUGGUUUCCAGCUGGGAAAGUUAGCAAGGAAACUGCUGAUCACAAUUUAUUUCCUCCCUUGACUUCAGAGCCAACAAGAAGCUAUGAAAUUACCAUUUUGGGGGCAUAAUUGUACAUACCUUGAGUGUACCGGGCAGCACGUUAGCAUCUAAUUACAUUGUGAGAUUGUUCAAUUAAAAAUGCUCUCUUUUUUCACCUACUCUUGUAUGACUGCAAAUAUUUUUCUAGGAAGUAAUGUUUACUUUGGUUUGAAACAGUGUGUUAACAAAUAAAAGGAGCACUUGGUUGAUGUUU